GUUUAUACCAGGCAAUCGGUUGAACUGAUCACUUGACCCGUCUAUUUGAUUUCAAUUUCCUUUGGGCCGUGAUAGUCGCCGUUGUACUAAUGUCUGGUAGUCACAAAUUGCUAAGGGAAUUCAGUGGAAUCGACAAAAUUUAUGUCGUUAAGCGAGAUGGAAGGAACGAAGUAAUUCAUUGCGAAAAAAUUACAAAACGUGUACGUGCUAUGUGCUAUGGUUUGAACGAGUCAUACAUUGACGUGGAAGCGGUAACUAAACGUGUAGUGUCUGGCUUAUAUCCGGGAGUGACUACUGUGGAAUUAGAUAAUCUGGCAGCCGAGACAUGCGCAAGCAUGAUAACAAAACAUCAUGAAUAUGCUAUUUUGGCUGCUCGUCUUGCCGUUUCAAAUCUACACAAGGAAACGAAAUCUAGGUUUUCAGAUGUUAUUGAAGAUUUGUUCGGUUACAUUAAUCCUCGAACCAAGAAGCAUUCUCCCUUAGUAACAAGAAGUCUUCGCGAUUUUGUUAGAGAAAAUGCCGAGCGGCUGGAUAAUGCCAUUGACUACCAGCGAGAUUACACGUACAAUUAUUUUGGGUUUAAGACUCUAGAGCGGUCUUACCUUUUAAAAAUAAACGGUAAGGUUCAUGAGCGACCACAGCAUAUGUUAAUGCGGGUAUCGAUUGGGAUACAUACGUCUGACAUCGACAGUGCCAUCGAGACGUAUAACCUGAUGUCUGAAAAAUGGUUUACACAUGCUUCACCGACACUUUUUAACGCUGGAACUCCCAAACCACAGCUUUCAAGUUGUUUUCUUAUCACUAUGAAAGACGAUAGUAUAGAAGGCAUUUACGAUACGUUGAAAGAAUGUGCAAUUAUAUCUAAAAAUGCCGGGGGUAUUGGAAUAAAUGUUCAUAACAUCCGCAGUCUUGGGACCUACAUAGCUGGAACAAAUGGAGAAUCGAAUGGUCUUGUCCCGAUGUUGCGUGUAUUCAAUAGCACUGCACGAUAUGUUGACCAAGGAGGUAACAAGCGUCCAGGAGCCUUUGCCAUGUACUUAGAACCUUGGCACCCUGAUGUAUUUCAGUUCAUAGAAAUGCGGAAAAAUACUGGCGCCGAAGAGAUUCGUGCACGGGACUUGUUCUUUGCCCUCUGGAUACCUGACUUGUUUAUGCGCCGCGUUGAAUCUAACGAUAAGUGGACACUUAUGGAUCCUCAUGAGUGUCCAGGCUUGCCCGAACUAUGGGGUGAAAAUUUCGACAAUUUGUACGAAAAAUAUGAGCGUGAAGGGCGUGGCAGACAAACAAUUAAAGCCCAGGAGCUAUGGUACGCUAUUAUUGAAUGCCAGAUUGAAACAGGCAAUCCAUUUAUGUUGUACAAGGAUUCUUGCAAUCGCAAAUCAAAUCACCAACAUCUAGGCACAAUUCGUUGUAGCAACCUAUGCACCGAAAUAGUUGAGUAUUCUUCACCAGACGAAACAGCUGUCUGUAAUUUGGCCUCUAUUUCAUUGGCAAAAUUUGUUGAUCGAGAUAAUCUUACGUUCGAUUUCGAUAAGCUACAAGAAGUUACAAAAGUCGUAACCAGAAAUUUAAACAAGGUCAUUGAUGUUAGCUUUUAUCCAGUUGAAGAGGCUCGCAGAUCAAAUAUGCGUCACCGGCCGAUCGGUAUUGGGGUUCAAGGCUUGGCAGAUACAUUUUGUCUUUUGAGGUAUCCCUUUGAUAGUCCAGAAGCAGCAGACCUUAACAAACGUAUAUUUGAAACAAUGUACUUUGCAUCUCUGGAUGCGUCAUGCCAGCUAGCGGUUGACCAAGGGACAUAUGAGUCAUAUCAAGGUUCUCCUGUCAGUAAGGGUAUACUUCAGCCUGAUAUGUGGGGUGUAGAUACGGAGGAGCUUUCCAAAGUGUCUGGUUUAGAUUGGAGUGGAUUACGUGCUCGAAUAAAAAUGUAGGUACUACAAAUUCUUACAUUACUUUCCAAAUAUCAUUGCUCUUAUGAAUGAAGAGGUGGAUAAUAUCGGUAGAUUUUUAUCACCAUUUGUCUUUGGAUUACACCAGGUUCGGUAAGCUUUUUUUCCACCGUACAAAUACCUAAUAUCAGUUAUUGAGUCAGGUACCGAGACAAACCACUAAUUUGUUCUUAGUAAGUAUUACUGUAUCAGUGGUUAUGCUACUCAACUUUUAAUCGCUAGAUCUUGGGGUUCAUAUUCUAUUUCAUCUGCUUUAAUUCUGAUAGCUAGAUGGAACCACUAGACUAUCGCACCUGAAGUUUUGUUCAAAGGUGAAUACAUAAAGUCGUUCUUGGUAAAAGCUACAUAACUAUUACGAUUUAGUGGACUCUGAUAAAUAAUAAUUCUGUGCCUAUUCACCAGUGAUGUCACCCGGUAUGCUACAUUGUACUUAGAUUAUGUAGAUUCCCUGGAUACUUUAGACGACCGACUUCGCUUUUAUAGUGGUUACAACUCCCGGUUCACCAAAUAAAUACGAUUAGUAAGACUAUUCAGUCUGAUUUAAAAUGGUCAGUUUGACCGAUGUGAAGUUUGUCUUGAACUUGUUAGACACUUGACCGAUAAGUGGCGUUUAACCUCCAGAUUUGAACAUUUGAUUUCAUUUCGUUUUGUGUAGAAAUUUCAUUGGUUUUCUAGCUCAGAUUGCUAAGGGAAAAAGUGAGGACUGUUAAACGUAACAAUUAACGUGUUUCAUAUAUCGCUUUUAAAAGUAAGCAAAAUGCAACAAAAGCAUGUGGAUUAUGUGCUGGAUAGUUUUCUGUUUUGAAGUGACUAGUAACAAAAUGUACGAAAUACCAUUAAGUAAGAGACGUUAAGUGGAUUUUACAUUAAUAAUGGUGUAUGAGUACUAAAAGUAGUAGUUUCGUCUUAGAAGUUCACAUAUUUGAUUAACACCUGUUAUUUCACUGUUCAUAUCACAUCUCGUGUCAUUAUUCGGUACUGAUAAUCCACUCCUAUUAGAUUCAAAAUAUGGGUAAGCUGGCGCGCUUAUGAUGACUUUAUUUUAUUAUCUUGUACACUGAAAUAUGUUUCACACACCUUCGAAUGUAGGAAAUCUUUUCUUUUACCUAAGGUAUGGUUUGCGCAAUAGUCUCCUGUUGGCCCCCAUGCCAACAGCAUCAACAUCUCAGAUUCUUGGGAACAAUGAGUCUACUGAACCCUUCACAAGCAACGUAUUUUCUCGCCGCGUGUUAAGUGGUGAAUUCCAGAUUGUGAAUCCAUAUCUUCUUGAUGAUCUUACUAAAUUAGGGUUGUGGUCGGACGAACUUAAAACAGCGAUUGUUUUGAAUCAGGGUUCUAUUCAACAUAUCGAUGGAAUUCCUAAGGAGUUAAAACCUUUGUACAAGACAGUAUGGGAGAUUUCGCAAAAGAAGAUUAUCGAUAUGGCUGCAGGUCGUGCCCCAUUUAUUGACCAAAGCCAGUCUCUUAACUUACAUCUCGCCCAACCGAACUAUGGAAAAAUAACAAGUAUGCAUUUCUAUGCUUGGAGAAAGGUACGUUAUAUAAUUCCCUCAUAAUUUUGUUUCCGAUUAAUAAUAUGCUUGUUAUUUAAUGCAAUAACUUGAAGUAGCGUACAGUUUUUUUUAUUCAUUUGUUCAACACAGAUUUUUUAACUAUUAGACGAUGUAUUAUCCUUCCAGGGUCUGAAAACAGGUAUGUACUAUCUGCGAACACGACCUGCUGCUGAUCCUAUCAAGUUCAGUGUAGACAAAACUAUUCUGCGAGUGCUUACUGAUUCUACAACAAAAACAAAUGAACCUCAAAAUAAUGAUUCAAUUGAUCAAACUGUUGAAGCUAUAGAAGAACUUCGAAUAAUGGAGGAAAUACAGAAACGGAAUGUGGACGCUAUUGCUUGUAGUCUGACCAAUCCCGAAGGGUGCUUAAGCUGCCAAGGAUAAUAUAACCUAACUUGUCAAAAUUUAUUUUUGUCAAUGUGCUUUCUAAUUGUAACUAUAUUCAGGAAGAUUUUAUAAAUGAAGAGUUUUAUGUUUAUUUUAUCAUGAGUAUUAUGUAAUGAUAGAUCUCCUAAUUCUUGAUAUUAUAUUAUUUAAUCACUUU